GGUUCUAUGUGGUAGCUAGGAAGUGAAUGCAAGCUAAAUCCACACCGAGAACAUUUUCAUACACGUGUAUAUUUAUUACUGUAGAUUUGACACAGUGUUGAGUAUAAAUCCUUAACAUGGGUAGUGAUGAAGAAAAGUAUGACGGUAUGUUGCUUGUUAUGGCACAACAGCAUGAAGGCGGGGUACAAGAGUUGGUGAACACAUUCUUUAGCUUUCUCCGACGAAAAACAGACUUUUUUACGGGUGGUGAACAUGGAGCUCCUGAGAAGCUGGUGAAAGAGGCAUUUGCUCAUCACAGUCAGCUGGCACUCAAGGCCCAGAAAGAGAAACAGUCCAGACAGGAGAAAGAGAAGAAGGAGAAAGCAGAAAGAGCUGCCAUGCUCAAGGCUGAGGAGGACAGAAAGAAGAAGGAUGCUGAGAACGAGCCCAGAAUCAAAGAGCUCACAGAUGAGGAGGCAGAGACACUCCAGACACAGAUAGACCAGGAGAAAGACAAGGAGGAGGAAAAGGAGAAAGUCUCUGAAAGCAGUACUGCAGCUGCAGCUGAUAAAGGGUCUGAGUCAGAAGGAGAAGAGGAUGAAAAGGAUGAGGACAAGAUGAAGCCUAAUGCUGGAAAUGGAGCAGACCUCUCCAACUACAGGUGGACACAGACACUGUCUGAAGUGGAUCUCGUAGUGCCUUUUGAUGUGAAGUUCCGCCUGAAGGGGAAGGACGUGGUGGUGGAAGUUCAAAGGCGUCAUCUAAAAAUGGGCUUAAAGGGCCACCCACCUGUGAUUGAUGCACAACUUUUUAAUGAGGUGAAGGUAGAGGAAUGCUCCUGGCUCAUUGAUGACGGAAAAAUAGUGACCAUCCACCUGGAGAAGAUAAAUAAAAUGGAGUGGUGGAACAAGUUGGUGACCACUGACCCUGAAAUCAACACCAAGAAAAUCUGCCCCGAAAACUCCAAGCUUUCUGAUCUGGAUGGUGAAACACGGAGCAUGGUGGAAAAGAUGAUGUAUGACCAGAGGCAGAAGUCCAUGGGCCUACCAACCUCUGAGGAGCAGAAGAAGCAGGACAUCCUGAAGAAGUUCAUGGAGCAGCAUCCUGAAAUGGAUUUCUCCAAAGCCAAGUUCAGCUGAGAACCCCUGCAUUCUACAUUCACAAGCUUCUUAUCCAGAAAGUUCUACAUUUCUGUCCACUGAUCCAUGUGUUACUCCUUUACUGCACAGUGGAAAAGGUCCUCAUCGAAGUCAUGUUGCAUAUUUCACUGUCUUCUGAAUAUUUAAUUCAUAUUUACACUUUUUUAAAUAAAUCGAUUCAAUCUCCAUGACUUGAAA